AUGGAUCCGGCGUCCGAGGAGCUCGAGCGCCGCAGCCGCUACCUCAGCUCGCUCAUCCGCCGCACCAAGCUCAGCGCCGCGCCCGCGCCCGCACCUUCUCCCCUCCCCCCUACUCCUCCCCCGGAGCCAGAGACCGCGCCAGCUCCCCCUCCUUCCACCCCUCACCCGGAGCCCGACACCAAGCUGGAGCUGGAGCCGGCGCCUAGGAGCCGGAAACCAGCGGAGGCCAAGGCGGCGGUGGAGAAGAGGGAGGCGCAGGAGGCGGACGGGAAGGACAAGGGGAAGGAGGAGCGGAAGGUCUCCGUGCGGGUCCGGGCGGCCGAUAUGCCCGCGGCAAUGCAGCGGCGUGCGCUCCGGCUCGCCUACGACGCCGUCGUCGCCGCCGCCACGCCGCGGGUCGACGGCAAGCGCCUAGCGCUCGCGCUCAAGAAGGAAUUCGACACCGCAUACGGCCCUGCUUGGCACUGCAUUGUUGGGACGAGCUUUGGUUCCUAUGUCACUCACUCUUUGGGAGGUUUUCUAUACUUCUCAGUUGACAAGGUCCACAUUCUUCUCUUCAGAACUGCUGUUGAGCCAUUAGGCCAUCUACGGUGAGACCUGCAAUCAGUUCAUUAGGUAGUCUAGAUGCUCUGUAGUCUGUAUUGGAACCUCUAACAUGCAGAAGGUUAAGGAGGGUAGGAUGAUCUCCAUGAAAAUAUGUAGAACCAAUCUGCUGUAACUUCCAUGUAUUAUGUGCUCAUCUGCCAUGUAAACCCUGGCACUUGUUAACCUGCAAGGCUGUACUAAGUUUGGCAGUUCUUCGGCUCCUUAUCAGGUAGCA